GAACAAUAUGCUUGUGGCUUCUAUUCAAAUUCUGUUGCAGUGUACUGUGUGUCAAAAUUUCAAACGCAUUCGUCCUCCACAGACACAGUCCUAAAUCUACUCAAUAUGCAUGCAUACAUAAUCAUGUUUGUUGACACUACUCCACGCUUUAAUUAAAGUGGCCUUCUGGUAUGUAUAUUUUAGUCAUUUCCCUCCUCCAGUUACGGCGAUUGAAAUAAAAAAAGCAUUUUGUACUUGUAAUGAAGCCCUGACUGUGCCUUGACAAAAGCUAGGUGAGAAUGUGGGUGGUGGGCAAAAUCAUUGCAGAAGCUCAUGCAUGUUAUGGAAGAUAGUGCUGCUAGUAAUAAUGGCAUGAAUUCAAUGAUGUAGAUGGUGGGAAUAAUCAUGACAGUGGUCGCCUGUGCAUUGUAAAAUUCUUCAAAAAUUUGGAGACAAGGAUAACAACAGUCUCAGAAAAAGGACAUACCUGGCGUUCUUGUUACUGAUUACAAGCCCAAAACUAUCAGAGGAGGCCUAAAAAGAAAAGGUGAACUUUGGAAGUGUGCUUUAUGAAAUUUUAAAGGUCUGCAUUUUAUGGGGAAAAAUAGUUUGAAAUUGUUGGUUUGAUAGGAAAGUUUACUGCUCCGGCUUGGAAAAUGAUUACCCAGGAGGAAGCCCAGGUGGGUAUUUAUAUUGAACCACAAAAGUUCAAAAAACCCAGGAUCUGAUAUGGGAAUACAUUGUAUUGGAAGUUCAAGUGGGUUUCUUUAUAGAAGCUCCACUGAGUUGCUGAGAGGCCCUAUAAACAGAUGAUUCUAAGCUUGAGAAAUUAAUUUUAAAAGUAUAGAAUGGAUUAUAUGGGGAAAGUUUUGAGAUCUGUGGACAAAAAGUUGCAGUUGUUCUCUCUAAUGAAUCUCAGGCUCUCUAUUAUUUUAGUCCUGGUUUGUUGCAUUGAUGGGUUAGUGAUUAAUCCUGAAGUUUCUACACUUCUCAAGGUGCAAUCAACAUUGUCUGGGACAUUGAGUAAUACCAUGCUGUUAUCAUGGAACGUUUCUAGGCCGGUAUGCAGAUGGAAGGGGGUUUCAUGGCUGUACGACGGCACUCCUAUUAAUUGUUCUCUUAUUAAAGUAAGGCGGAGUCUAUCUUUGGCCUAUAACCCCAAGGUUUCGAUUCGUGGAAUUUACUUGCAAGGGGCUGGCUUGAAGGGCAUGGUGCCAAAGGAAUUGGGGUCUUUGACAAAUUUGAAGUGGCUGAAUCUGAACAACAACAGCCUUCAAGGAGAGAUUCCUCCAGAGCUGGGUAAUGUGCCUAAUUUGAGCAGCCUGCAACUUAAGAGCAAUGAACUCAGUGGCAGCAUCCCUGCAACCAUCUGGAACCUUUCUGACAAUUUGGUGGAGCUGGUACUGGGAUUCAACGGGCUAUCAGAGAACAUUCAUGAGCCUCCGAUGGCCAAUGGAAGCUUCCCUUUUUUCAAGAGACUGGAGCUGAAUAACAAUAGUCUAUCUGGGGUAAUUCCUAGCUUCCUCGCAACUUGUAGCUCUCUCCAAAUUCUUGAUUUGAGCGGGAACUCUUUAUCUGGGUCUAUACCAAAUGAGCUGGCAAACCUUCCAAAUCUUACAACUCUCAAUCUUGCGCAUAACAAUCUGAGUGGGCGUAUUCCUAGUUUUAGGCAGAAAUUUGAUAAAAUCUCAUUUGUAGAAAAUAGUGCAAGCCUGUGCGGACAGCCCCUUUUAAACCCCUGUAAUUUGGCCCCAGCUGCUUCUGCCAAUAUUACAGUAAACCAACUCAAUCUGACCAGAGGCCAUGCCAAACCCAGUACUGGAGUUAUUGCUGGAAUCAUUAUUGGAUCAAUUGCUGUUGUAGUGAUUGUGGCUUCUCUAGUUAUCGGGUGCUAUCAUAAGUCUAACAGAGACGGUGGCGUUGAUAGGACUUCUUCUUCUUCUUCUGCCCCUCCCAAGGAGAAGGAAGAGGACAUGGAAAAUGAAGGUGGGAAACUGAUACAUUUCCAAGGAGGUGAACACUUGACAGUGGAUGAUGUCCUGAAUGCAACAGGAGAAGUAAUGGGCAAAUCCAGUUAUGGUACAGUCUACAAAGCCAGGCUGAGAAACGGUUCUAUGAUAGCACUUCGACUUCUCAGAGAUGGGUGCCUCAGAUCUAGAGGGGAAUUUAUGCCCGCCAUUGAGGAGUUGGGUAAGAUCAGGCACGGGCACCUUGUUUCUCUCCGGGCAUUCUAUUCAGGAACAAGAGGGGAGAAACUGCUGGCCUAUGAUUAUCUUCCAAGAGGAAGUCUAUCGGAGCUUCUGCACAGUACAAAUAGGCAAGCUCCAGGAUGGGCUAGGCGGCACAAAAUUGCUCUGGGAGCUGCCAGAGGUCUAGCUUACCUUCAUACUGGUCUCCCUACAUCUAUUAUACACGGGAAUAUAAAGUCUAAAAACAUACUUGUGGAUGACAACUACGUUGCUCAUCUUUCUGAUUAUGGCCUUCACAAGCUGAUGAAUACAACAGCGAAUCUUGAGAUGUUAGACGCUGCAGCAUCCCAGGGGUACAAGGCACCUGAACUUGUGAAGAUGAAAAAGGCCAAUGCAAAAACUGAUAUAUACAGUUUUGGUAUUGUUUUACUUGAAAUUCUCACAGGAAGAAGAUCGGGAAGAACAGAUUCAUCAGGUCGUUUCAUUGAUUUGCCAACCAUUGUAAAAACUGCAGUGCUUGAAGAAAGGAUUUCAGAACUUUUUGAUCUUGAGCUUUUGCGAGGAAUGAGAAGUCCAGCAGAUGAAGGUCUUCUUCAAGUGCUGCAGCUUGCAAUGGGUUGUUGUGCUCCUUCUCCAUCUGUUAGACCACAUGUAAAGGAGGUAGUCCGCCAACUUGAGGAGAUUCGACCCAAAUCACAAUCACCACUUUACACCCCUUCACCACAAUACAAUUCAGAUGAUAAAAGUAGUAGAGAAUUCCUGUUGUGAUCCAGCACAGAUGAAAGAUGAAUUUUUCGUUCCUCUCAAGUCUCUGUCUCUAUAGGUUCUGGAUAUAAUGUCAAUCCCUACUGUGUUUCAACUUACUAUACACUUGAAUAUAUUAAAUUAUCUCAUUUCUUAUUUUA